GUACAACUCCAGUGCUUAUGUAACUCAGUGUACUAUACGUCGUAUAACUAGUUGCCUAUGAGUAAAGUUUGAAUUUGUGAAUUUAGAAGAAGAUAGAAUUAAAAUCCGUGUACAACAAACAAGGAAAGUAGGUAUAUUUUUGUUUUUUAUUUAAUGAAAAUCUGUCAGAAAACCACCAAGAAAAAUGCCGGUUGUUUUUAGUUUAUGUUUAGGUUAACUCCUAACUUCUUAUCAUUUUGUAGACUUCUAAUGUAAUUUUGUUUAGUAUCCCGCCAGCAAUUGUACAGAAAAGUGCCAUAAAUUUUAGAAUUUAACAGUUAUGGGUGGCAAAUAUAGUAAAAUGGAUCCAAUGGAUGUGGAGGUUCCAGAAAUUCAUGCGUUGCUUGAUCGAGAUCACUAUUUAAAACCAUACGAAAAAGAAAUAAGAAGGCGGUAUGCAGUCUUUAAGGACUUCCUUGAGAAUAUUGAUGAGAAUGGUGGUGGUCUGGAUAAAUUCACACUAGGAUACAAAUAUUUUGGGAUAAAUGUUCAGCCAGAUAAUACUAUCAUUUGUCGCGAAUGGGCUCCUGGGGCUAAACAGUUGUAUCUGACUGGAGAAUUCAAUGGUUGGAAUCGUGAUAGUCAUCCUUAUAAAAAGUUGGAAUAUGGCAAAUGGGAACUCAUCCUCCCACCUAAAGGGGAUGGGACACCUGCUAUAAACCACCUAUCAGAAAUUAAGGUAGUGGUAGAAACCUAUGAAGGAUCUAAAGAAGAUAGGUUGUCACCAUAUGCUACAUAUGUGGUAGAGCCACCCAAAGAAGAAGGGACCAUCUAUAAACAAAAACUAUGGAAUCCUCCACAAACUGAGCGUCACAUAUUUAGAAACCCCAAGCCUCGUCGGCCGGAAAGUCUUCGAAUCUACGAGUGUCAUGUUGGUAUCGCCACCUCAGAAUACAGAGUCGGCACAUAUGAUGAAUUCACUGAAAAAAUAUUGCCCCGAAUCGUGAAACAGGGUUAUAAUUGCAUACAACUCAUGGCUAUCAUGGAACAUGCAUACUAUGCUAGCUUUGGAUACCAGGUAAAAACGUAUAGGAUGCAGUAGUCGGAAGGUGAUCAAACCUUAGGCUAGAUGCCAAAAACUCUAUAUUAGCAUUAAGAGGCUUUGAUUUUUUGUUUUUAGGUGACUAGCUUUUAUGCAGCUUCUAGUAGAUAUGGUACCCCAGAACAGUUGAAAAGGCUGAUAGACAAAGCUCACGAGCUUGGUUUGGUAGUAUUAUUAGAUAUGGUGCAUUCUCAUGCUAGUAAAAACGUUAUGGAUGGUCUGAACCGUUUUGAUGGAACUGACGCAUGUUUCUUUCAUUCUGGGCCUAGAGGAGAACAUGCCUUGUGGGACUCGAGACUUUUCAACUACUCAGAAUUUGAGGUUCUUCGAUUUUUGCUCUCGAAUUGUCGGUGGUAUUUAGAAGAGUAUCAGUUUGAUGGUUUUAGAUUUGAUGGUGUUACGUCCAUGCUGUAUCACUCUAGAGGAAUUGGACAGGGUUUUAGUGGACAUUAUGAUGAUUAUUUUGGACUAGGAGUAGACACAGAAGGUGUGGUUUAUUUGAUGUUAGCCAAUCACAUGAUUCAUUCUCUUUACAAAGAUGCAAUAACAAUUGCUGAGGAUGUUUCUGGCAUGCCUGGCAGUUGUAGACCUGUCACUGAAGGUUGUUUAGGAUUUGAUUAUAGGUUAGCUAUGGCUAUUCCAGACAAAUGGAUUGAAUUGCUGAAACAUGUACCUGACGAUAACUGGGAAAUGGGAAAUAUUGUUCAUACUUUGACAAACAGAAGAUGGAUGGAGAAAAAUGUAGCAUAUGCAGAAUCUCACGAUCAAGCUUUAGUUGGAGAUAAAACUGUAGCUUUCUGGUUGAUGGAUAAAGAAAUGUAUACUCAUAUGAGCACUCUGUCUGACCCCUCGCCAAUUAUCGAUAGAGGAAUUGCACUGCACAAACUUAUUCGAUUUAUCACUCAUACCUUAGGCGGGGAGGCAUACCUAAACUUCAUGGGUAACGAAUUUGGUCACCCCGAAUGGUUAGAUUUCCCGCGUGCUGGUAAUAACAGCUCUUAUCACUAUGCGCGUAGACAGUGGAACUUAGUAGAUGACGAUCUGCUAAAAUACAAGUUCUUGAACAACUGGGAUGCUGCCAUGAACAAGACUGAAGCAAAAUACGGAUGGCUAGCUGCCAAUCCAGGUUAUGUCAGUAUGAAACAUGAAGGGGACAAGGUCGUAGCAUUUGAAAGGGCAGGAGUACUAUUUGUCUUCAAUUUCCAUCCUACCAAAAGCUUCACAGAUUACAGAAUCGGAAUUGAGGAUGCGGGAGAUUAUAGAAUUGUAUUAAGUUCUGAUGAUCAACAGUUUGGAGGAUAUAACAGAAUAGAUACUUCAUUGAGUUACAUCACAACACCUGAGGGGUAUUGUGGACGCAGAAAUUAUGUACAGGUAUAUAUCCCUAGCAGAACUGCAGUUGCAAUGGCCAAAGUGGAGACGCUUUAAGAAGAUAACGAAGCAAAUUAUAUAUGAGAAUGAUCUAUUUUACGUUAUACAUUUUUAUGGAAAUUUUUUAUAGUUUACACGUAAUGUCUUGUUUAUUUUUAUUGGUACACAAGUGUUGAAAUUAUAUAUUGUGAAAUUUAUAUAUAUAUUUAGAAUUUGUUGUACUAUAUUAUCUAUUG